UACACAACUAUCAGUGUGAUCCAAAACUUUGGUGGCCUCAAACCCAACCAAAAUUUGGAUAUGUCUGAUUUUUUAGAUCAUGUCGGUGAAACGGAUGGGUGGAUGGAUGGAGUGAAUGUAUUACAGACAUCAAGAAGCCCCAAAGAGCUUAGGGUUACAGGGGAUUCCUGUAGCCCGACCCGUUUGACCUGUUUGGAACAUAUAGCCACAAAAGUGUGGACCGGUGGACUUUUUCAAACAUUGAGGCGGAACAGAAGUCCAUACCAUGUAUUGCUUCGUUAUAUAAUUUCCACAAAAUUAAUGGGAUCAAGAAAGAGAUGUUUGUUGACUCAAAAACCAAUAGCUCUAUAUGAAUGCUUGUAAAAAAGGAAUCCUAAAAGACAUGAGCCCAAAAACCCCUGAUUACAACACACCUUUCUUUUGAAGUUUUGUAGCACCCCUUCAUCUUCAAACCAUGGGGAAACUUACAUGGUUAUUUUGUGUUUUGGCCACAUGGGUCAUGGUGAAUGGUGCCUCCCAAGCACCAUCUCCGUCCAUCACUUGUGUGACUGGCCCGCUCGGCAGCUUUAGUGAUUGCAUAACCUUCACGGAGAACGGGAGCAUGGUUUCUAAGCCUGAAGGCUCAUGUUGUGAUGGGCUUAGGAGCGUGGUAAAGGACAGCCCUACGUGCUUAUGUGAGGUCCUCAAGAUAGCCAUUAGUGAUUUCGGCAUUGCAUUGAAUCUCACUAAGGUUCUCACCCUUCCAUCUGCAUGUGGGAUUUCUACUCCUUCACUUAGUAGUUGUAUAUUUGGUGGGCCAUCCCCGUCGCCGGCUCCAUCUCCUACGUUGAAUUCACCUGUGCCAGUAUUGCCUUCACCGGUUCCAGUAUCGCCACCAUCAGUUUUGGCUCCCCCAUCGCACUCACCAUCCGCUUCGGUUGCACCCCCGAUUUCUCCUACUGGAGGAAGUGGCACAAGGGACCCGAUUGUAUCACCACCAUUUUCUGGUGCUCCCAUGCUACAAAUUUCAUAUAUGUUUGCUCUUGUUUGUGUAGCAAUUGCCGCAUGUUCCUGUUUUUGAGAAGAUAUCCUGGACAAGUAUAUGGAGAGAUGUUGAUCGACUAGUUUGUAGUGAUUUUCGACUAGAAAUUUAAUAAAAAUAAAAACCACUUGGGUAGUUUUCUUUUU